AUGGCGGUUAGAAAAGCGAAAGGGUUGAUCGGAGCCGCUCAUGAGAGCCCCGAGUGGCUGAUGGAUCUGGGCCGUCGGAUGAACAUCCCAUUUGAGCUGCCUUUCCUUCCCCGCGUGUGGUUAAACUCAACACCCUCCUUCCGCUCCCUGAUCUUAAACUGUUCUCCGUCCUCGUGCCCCGACCUCCACACAUCCCCCCCCCCUCCCCCCCUUCCCUCCCCCCUCUCCCUCUCUCCUCCCUGUUUCUCGUCCCCACUCAACACUCGUUAUUUCCCUCAUCUGCCUCCCUUCUCUCGCAGUUUACUCGCAGUGUUUUCAGACAAGUGCCAACGGCCCACUCCGCGGCACCCCUCCGCGUCCUCCGCGGACCCUCUCUCCGCGCCGACGCCCGAGUGCGUGCAAGCGGCGCAUCUAAUCAAUCACACGGUGGAGACCCGCCUCUCGUCCUCCUCCUCGACUGUAGCGGCGGAAGCGGCGGCAAUGGCGGAGCGUGGCGCUUCUGCAGCCGCGGCUGCAUCCGGUGGCCCGGGUGGCACUAGAGGUCCUGCUUCUGCUGCUCCUGCUGCUGCUGCUGCUGCUUUUGCUGGUGCUGAUCCGCCAGUUGCGGCGUCAAGAGGCGUAGGUGUGACUGUGCUAGGAAGUGCUACAACAGGUGCCGCCGCAGGUGGAGGAGCUAACGGGGGAGGAGUUGCAGCGUCAUCUAGCUCUGUGAAGGAGCAGCAGCCCAUUGCUGCCACUGCGGCCAGAACCUAUAGCCCCGAUAGCCGCACUCCCGCUAUUAGAGCAGCCCCGGCCCCAAGGCCCGCGGCUAGGGCGCCAGCUCCAGCACCCGCACCCGCUGCGACUGAGAGAUGGGGAUGGGGAAAGAGCAACAGCAGCAGCAGCAGGGGGUUGUGGGGCAAGAUAAAUAAGGGCGCGGGCAAGAAAGACGCGAAGAAGAAGGUGCAGAAAUUGCCAGAGGCAAGCAAGGCGGAGCGGAACUCGAUCAUGGACGGAACCCUUGUCCCGGCCAGUCGCGCGGUCAACCCGCCCAUGUCCCGCAACCCCAUGUUCGAGCCCGUGGGCGCGUCUAAGCGGCGCGCGGCGAGGCAGCCGGGGCUGCGCGUGCCGAUGUGCAUCAAGACGGUGAAGGUGCAGUUCGGGGAUACGCUGGCGGAGAUUGCCCAGAACCACCGCACGUCGAUUCGGGACCUGCAGAGGUUGAACAACCUUCGGUCGGACUUCAUUGUUGAGGGCGACACGCUCAUCGUCUCGUGCUGUGAGUGCUACCUGGGUGAUUUGAGAUGGGCCAACCAACGUCGUUCCGUACCAGAGCUCAGGCCUGGCAUUCGCCGGACCUGCCGCCCGCUCUUUUCCCGGCUCUCUCCAUCAUCGACUUUGCCAAAGCUGCCUGCAAGGCUCGGCGUGGGAGGUCCGGCAGCAGGCGCCAUUGUGAAAGCGGGCUCAGCAGCAGGAGGACGAGUUUCUCUGCUAGAAGGGCGGUGGAGGCGGGGCCCCAAGGGCUUCCCCAAGUCGAUGGACGGCUGGCGCUGGCGGUGGAGGCGGGGCCCCAAGGGCUUCCCCAAGUCGAUGGACGGCUGGCUGCGAUUCAACUGCCCUGUCGUGGACGGGUGCGUUAUGGGGGCGGGGAAGGGGGAUAGGGUGGGUGUAGAAUGCAGGGGGGAGGGAGAACGGAUGGGGGAAAAGGGGCGAGAGGGUUGGGAAGGGGGAGGUGGGGGAAAGGUGACUCAGAACAUACCUGGUGGACGGAUUGUGGCGGGAGGGGGGCAGGGAGGGGAAAGGUGGGGAGGGGGAAGGAAGUGGGGUGGUGAGGGUGGUGGAGGCGUGGAUCUAGCAGCGGAGUUUGGGGCGCCAGUGCUGGCGUCAGACAAGGGCGUUGUGACGUAUGGCAAGCUGGUGACGAUAGCACAUGACAAUGGCUUCACCACUCGAUAUGGUCACUGCUGCAUCAUCAACGCACGUGUUGGGCAGCGAGUGGCAAGGGGGCAGCAGGUGGCGUGUGUGGGGGCAACCGGGCGAGCCACAGGCCCGCACUUGCACUUUGAAGGUAAGCGCACCAUCGGCCUGUUGUUCCCCCACUGCACUCACCCUCUCACACUUCCACCCUCCCGUCCUCACUUGUGUGUGGGAGCAAUAGGGCGAGCCACAGGCCCGCACCUGCACUUUAAAGGGCCCCACCUGCCACCAUUUGCCUUCCUCUCCUCCUCCCUUUCCCUUCUCUUCCCUGUCCUGUUCCUUCUGUCUACUCACACAUAUCAAUCCCUUCCCCCUUGUUCCAUCUCAUACCUAUCCUUUUCUUUCCCCCACCCCAUGGCAUCUCACACAAGUCCCCCACUAUUCCCCUCUGUCAUCUUCCUCGCUCUCUGCAGUCCGCAAGAGAGGGGAAGCAUUGGAUCCGUUCAAGUGGUGCAAUCUAUGACAGGAUAG